AUGGGGAUUUCACGAUCAGAAGAAGAUAGAAUAAAAGUACUAGAAAAAGAUGCAGAAAUAGCAUACCCAUAUUUAACAUCAGAUGAACAAUCUUCAACUUUUAGAGAUAGAGAGCUAAUAAAUGAAUUAGAAAGUUCAAUGCCGAAAAAUAAUGACCCAACAGUAAAACAAAAUAUAGCAACAAUUAAAGAAACCAAACCAUGGGUACAUUUUGUAGCUGGUGGUGUUGGAGGUACUGUUGGAGCAGUAGUUACAUGUCCAUUAGAUGUUGUUAAAACAAGAUUGCAAAGUGACGUCUAUCACAAUAUGUAUAACCAAACUAUAAAAUCUGGGAAUCCAAUAAAGCAAGCAUUUCAACAUUUAUCAGAAACUGGUAAUGCAUUAAGAGGAAUGUAUAAAACGGAGGGCGUAUCAUCACUUUUCAAAGGUUUAGGUCCCAAUUUAGUAGGUGUAAUACCAGCAAGAUCAAUAAAUUUUUUCACAUAUGGAGCAACAAAAGAUUUUAUAAUACGAAAUUUUAGUCACCAAGGUAAAGAAGAAACUUGGAUGCAUCUUGUUUCUGGUAUAAAUGCAGGUUUUGUUACAUCAACAGCAACUAAUCCCAUUUGGUUAAUUAAGACUAGGUUACAAUUAGAUAAAUCAUCAAAUAAAAUUUAUAAAAAUUCAUGGGAUUGUUUUAAACAUAUAAUAAAGAAUGAAGGAUUUGGAAGUUUAUAUAAAGGUUUAAGUGCAUCAUAUUUAGGAGGAAUAGAAAGUACAAUACAAUGGGUCUUAUAUGAACAAAUGAGAUUAUUUAUUAACAAAAGAUCACUACAAGUUCAUGGUACAAAUCCAACAAACAAGAAAACAAAAGAUCAUAUAUUAGAAUGGUCAGCGAGAUCUGGUGCAGCUGGAUUGGCAAAAUUUAUGGCAAGUUUAAUUACUUAUCCUCAUGAAGUAGUCAGAACAAGAUUAAGACAAGCUCCAUUAGCAUCAACUGGUAAACCAAAAUAUACUGGAUUAAUUCAAUGUUUCAAAUUAAUUUUAAAAGAAGAAGGUUUUGCAAGUAUGUAUGGUGGUUUAACUCCACAUUUAUUAAGAACAGUACCUAAUUCCAUAAUAAUGUUUGGGACAUGGGAAGCAGUAGUUAAAUUAUUAUCCUAG